AUGGCCGGUGCCAUGGGACGCUCACGGGCGAUGAGCAAGGCAGCUUUCUUUGCUGCUCUCGAGGAUUUGGACGGUUCAGACGAUGAUCGGCCUGGCGCUGCCGCGGUCGAGGUUGCUUCUCCCAAUCCGCCUUCUUUGAUCCGAGCAAAUACGGAACCUCAAUCUUCCUCCGAACAAAGGUCUCAACAUCUCACUGAAAUUCGGCGGAAUGAGAAUCAUACAUUCACCAAAUCACCCGAGCCAAAAGUGAGAGCAGUCAAGCGCUCGAAUACGACAGGUACCAUGCCGGGAAUUACUGGCAAAGGCUCUUCUACGAAGAAGAGGAAAGCAGAUGUGCUCAAGUCUGUCCCAGAGGAGCAACAAGUAUUUAAAGGCCUAGUCUUUUUCUUCAUACCGAACGACGAUAUUGCUCCCGCCAGACGACUUCGUAUCCAGCGAGCCCGCGAAUAUGGUGCACAAUGGACUCGACAAUGGGGAACCCAUAUUACGCAUGUCGUUGCUGAGAAAAGGCUGACCUACCAAAAUCUGAUCGAUUACCUCAAGCUUGGGUGUUUUCCUAAAAAUAUAGCUCUCGUGAACGAAAACUACCCUCCUGAAUGCAUCACAUAUCGCUCGCUCCUGGACCCAUCAUACCCUCGAUUCCAGGUCGUUGGCACGCCGGUGCCUGCUGCAAAGGAAGAGCCGGCUCUAGCGGUCGAGCAGAAGACAGCCGACUCAUUACCCUUGAAACGACCAAGGCGGGAAAAAGAGAUGUCACCGGAGCGACACCAGAAGCACGUUUCUGCUGGACCUCCAAUUUUGGAAACUGUCGAUAGCGAAUCCCCACAAGAUGCGGAGGUCGAAACAGAACCUCGUGAAAGGGAUGCACUUGACGACAUAAUAAAUGAAAGCAAGGCUACAAGCCACCUGCCACUCGACUCGGAUGAGGAGUCUCUAGCCGAGAUAUCUGACGCGGAAUCUGACUCGUCAGAAUCCGGACCGGCCAAGAAGAAAUCACGAACUGCAGCAUACGGUGAAGGCCAGGUGGGUCCCUCCUGGACGAGAGGUUUCGCUUGCAUGCGAAAAUCCGACCCAAAUGCAUCACGAGAUAAUCCGAAUGCGAGGACAAUCGAAGUUUUGAAAGAGAUGUUGGAUUACUAUACGCGAAAUGCCGAUCAAUGGCGGACCAUGGCUUAUCGCAGGGCCGUCAAUACCUUACGCAACCAAAAGGAGAAGAUUGCGACGCGAAAGCAAGCGUUGGCUCUUCCUGGCAUUGGAAAACGAUUGGCAGACAAGAUCGAGGAGAUCGUGUGCACCAAUCACCUCCGCCGACUUGACUAUGCCAAUUCCUCCCCUGAAGACCUUGUUAUUCAGGAAUUUCUUGGAGUUUAUGGUGCUGGACUCGCCCAAGCUACCAAAUGGGUGUCACAGGGUUAUCGAUCACUGGAGGAUCUUCGCAUGAAAGCCACUCUUACCCCGAACCAGCGCAUCGGAGUGGAGCACUACCACGACUUUUCGCAGCGCAUCCCACGCAAGGAGGUUGAGGCCCACGGGGCGAUCGUGCGACGUGUGGUUCAGACGGCCGACAAGGAGAUGCAGGAGUCGGGAGACAUCGAUUGUCUCAUCACCAAAUCGGGUGCUCUGUUGGACCAGGUCCGGACCGUCGUCAUGACCGUGAUUGUACCGAAGUUAUUUGAAGAAGGGUUUCUUCAGGUCGGGCUGGCCACUUCCCACCGCAAUAACGAUGGAUCAAAGUGGCAUGGGGCAUCCUGCCUACCGGGGAGUAAGGUCUGGCGACGAAUCGAUCUACUCUUUGUACCGGGGCCUGAGCUGGGAGCCGCUUUGCUAUAUUUCACGGGGAAUGAUAUCUUCAAUCGGAGCAUGCGGUUACUUGCACGGAAAAAGCAAAUGUGUUUAAAUCAGCAUGGAUUAUUUGGGGAUGUUGUUCGGACUGGGCAGGUGAAAACCAAUCCAGGUCGGUUGUUGGAGGCACUCGAUGAACGGCGGAUAUUCGCGUUGCUGGGGGUGCCGUGGCGAAAACCCGAGGAACGGAUUUGUUGA